GUGAAAGCCCCGAAUCAAGUUUAAUCACAUUCAAGAUGGCGACGAAUACACUAAAUUGAGCUCGACCUGGUUUUGGCUCAUUUUCACAAAUUUAAGGCCCCAUUUUACCCUGCAGUAGUGAUCGACGCUUUAUCGCCCGGUUUGUUUGUAGGGACGCUCCGAUGUUGCGAUCGAGACAGUAGUUUAAUGAAAAUAUUAUUUUAUUAAACUCGAUACAGCUAUUUUUAAACAAAAUCAUGGCAGACACGAGCACUAGACGGAGAGUAAAACUGUACAUGCUGAACGAGGAUAGGCAAUGGGAUGACAGGGGAACAGGUCAUGUAUCUUCAGCUUAUGUAGAGAGAUUGAAAGGGAUGUCUCUUCUGGUGCGAUCAGAAACAGAUGGUUCAAUCCUUCUGGAGUCGAAAAUUCAGCCUGAUACAGCUUAUCAAAAACAACAGGAAACUUUGAUAGUAUGGUCUGAAGGAGAGAAUUACGACUUGGCCCUAAGCUUCCAGGAGAAAGCUGGCUGUGACGAAAUCUGGGAGAAGAUCUGUAAUGUACAAGGGAAGGAUCCAUCUGUCGACAUUACACAAGAUAUUAUAGAAGAAUCUGAAGAUGAGAGGUUUGAAGAGAUGCCAGAAGUGGCCCACCCAAUAGAUUUACCAGUGUGUGAACUUAGUAAGCUGGCUGAGAUCUCUGAAUUGUUUGGAAGUGUGCUAACAUCACCAAUUCGUAGAGAAAAACUAGCUCUUGUAAUUGAACAGGAUGGUUAUAUUAAAAAGUUACUGGACUUGUUUCACAUGUGUGAGGACUUGGAAAAUAUAGAAGGCCUUCAUCAUUUAUAUGACGUCUUCAAAAGCGUGUUCUUGUUAAACAAAAAUGCUUUGUUUGAAAUUCUUUUUCAAGAGGACACGAUAUAUGACGUUGUGGGGGUGUUGGAAUAUGACCCGUCACAACCUCAACCAGCCAAACAUAGAGAAUAUCUACAAAAAACUGCCAAAUUCAAGGAAGUUAUUCCAUUUACAAACAAAGAACUUGUAUCUAAGAUACAUCAGACUUACAGAGUUCAAUAUAUACAGGAUGUGAUACUUCCUACUCCAUCUGUGUUUGAAGAAAACAUGUUGUCAACCUUGACCUCGUUCAUUUUCUUCAACAAGGUGGAAAUAGUGAGCAUGGUGCAGGAGGAUGAAAAGUUCUUGCUCCAGUUGUUUGCUAGUAUCACAAGCGAGAAAAAGGACGAUGAGUCUCGUAGAGAUCUCGUCUUCUUCCUCAAAGAAUUCUGCACAUUCUCACAGAAUCUUCAACCUCCAAACAGGGAUAACUUCUUCAAGACACUAUCAGGGUUAGGCAUUUUGCCAGCAAUAGAAUUCAUUCUUGGUUUAGACGACAUUAAGAUGAAGUCCGCCGCUAUUGACAUUUUCUCAUACAUUGUAGAGUUUAGUCCGUCCAUGGUCAGAGAGUUCAUCCUCAAAGAGGGUCAAAAUCAGGAAGAUGAUGACCUGCUUAUCAACCUAGUCAUUGAACAAAUGAUAAAUGAUCCAGAUACAGAGUUAGGAGGUGCUGUACAGUUGAUGGGUAUAAUCAGGUUGUUAAUAGAUCCAGAAAACAUGCUGGCAACUACUAUGAAAACUGAGAAGACUGAAUUUUUAAGUUUUUUCUACAAACAUAGCAUGCAUGUAUUGACGGCUCCACUGUUUGCUGUUACAGCAGAGGAGAAACCCAGCAAAGAUGAUUUUCAGACAGCGCAGUUGUUGAGUUUGAUUCUAGAGUUGUUGUCAUUCUGUGUUGAACAUCACACAUAUCAUAUAAAGAACUACAUUAUCAGUAAAGAUCUUCUACGCAGAGUUCUUGUGCUACUCAGGUCAAAUCAUGCAUUUCUUCUGCUUUGUGCCUUAAGGUUCAUGAGAAAGAUCAUUGGUAUGAAAGAAGACUUUUACAACCGUUAUAUCAUCAAAGGCAACUUGUUCAAACCUGUAGUGGAAGCAUUUAAAACUAAUGGCAAUAAAUACAAUCUUCUCAACUCUGCCAUGAUCGAACUGUUUGAAUUCAUUAGAUUAGAGGACAUUAAAAACUUGUGUAGCCAUAUAGUAGAAAAUCAUAUAAAAGAUCUGGAACACGUUGACUAUGUCAACACGUUUGAGUCUCUCAAAACCCAUUACGAGCAACUUCAGGACAAAUUAAAAGAUAAGACGGGCUUUGAGGGGUAUGUCAUUAACACUGCACUGUCAUUACGAAAUAAUCGUUUUCGACGAGACCAACGAGCGCUAGAGGAAGAGGAAGAAAUGUGGUUUGAUCAGGAAGAUGAUGUGGAUGAUGGGGAGAAUAUAGUGCCAAUGUCAGAUAUGCUCAAGAGUAAACUCGACGAUUUUGAUCAAAUUGAUAAAUUCAUAGGGAACAGAAGAGAAAAGGUCCAAAACGAAAUGAAAGAUACACCAACUAGGAUAAUCAACAAGUCCACUUCUCCAAUCAACAUUACAUUAAAAUCAAGCCCUCUUACCAGCCCAGUGACGUCUCCAGAGCGGCCAAACAGUCCGAACAGUCCAGGUUCACCAGGUCGUACAGUGACUGCAUGUCCUACACCAGCAGGUUCACCUGCUACACCAGUACGGGAAGAAAAAGUUAAUAAUUCACUGCAGGGGAAACGGCCUGGGUUAAUAGGUCUUGUAGAUUAUCCGGAAGAUGAUUCUGAUGAAGAGGAGGAAGAUUCUACCGAUGCGGCUCUCGGACCCUCGCCAAAACGACAGCGUUUAGCAACUUAAUGAUACAAAACCUAUAGAUAAACUAACAGCAGGGACUCCAGUAGAUAGCCCACCUACAAAAUUGUGCUGGCCAAGACUUUGUUGUAUAAUUAUUUAUAUUUUUGUUGUGUGGUGCCAGUGAAGUGCUUGAUACAGAUUUCUCAGCAUCAGAAAAUUCUCUCUUUUGAGAAACAGACAUGUUCAAGCAGGGUGGAUGAGAGGGGCUGGCCCAAGUCUCCCACACCAUCAGAAAUGUUUGUGAUAACAUUGCAAAGGUGUCUCCAAGGAGACGACUCGUAUAUCAAAAGGCUGCCCUUGCACAAGGCCAGACAUGGGACAGCCAAGAGAAUCACGUUUGUGACGUUUUAAUUUUAGAUGAAGUGAAAAGUCGUAUUAUGGCAAUAGAUAAUUCCCAUUUAGGAAUACUUACAGAUUUUAGGGAUUUAUAUCUCUGCGUUUGUUAUGUUUUUGGAAAUUGUCAUGAAUUGUAUUAUUAUGUACAAAAAAGUAGUUUUUUGGAAAACUCGAAAAUUUGUGUAAAAAUAAGACCAAUAAUGUUUUUGUGACUGUGAUACAACUUUUUAUUUUCUGAACGAUAAUAACUUACCUCUGUUUAUUGAUUUGUAAACAUUUGUAAAAUAAGGAUAAUGCAUAGUUACCCAAAUAUAUUUCGUUUUGAUAGGGGUGUUCAGGGUUUUUUCUUUAAAUGCAGGAUAACAAACCAGAUAUAAAGUAUGAUAUUGACGUACGAAUCUCUAGUUGAUCAAAUGACUUAUCGUUACUUUUUGGGCUUAUAAAGAUAAUUAAGCAGUUUAUUGAUACAAAGAAACAUGGAUGUUAUAGUUAAAACAUGAUCAGGUAUGGUAACUAAAGACAUAAAUGUGCCAUUCUGUGUUAUUUGAAUGUGUUUGUAAUAAGUACUGGUUUUACUAGGUAAAUUGUUUUCUAAUUUUUUGUCAGAAAAAUGUUUAGUAUGAUUUAUUUAUAUUGAAGUUACUGAUAAGCAAGUUCAGAACAGAAGAUCUCAGUGUCUCAUUUUUCGUCAUGCAUCAGACAUUUUAUAAUUUUCUGGUAAAAAAAAUUCAUUUACCAUGUAGAAAUAUGAAGAAUUCGUGAAGUGCAUGUCUGUUGUUUGUUUUGUGAGCAUUCUAGAUUUCACCCAUGAGUUAAAAAUGAAGUCAGUUCAUGAUGUAUAAUCAUGUAGUUGUUAACUCGUACAUCUUUUAAAUUGCCAUUGUGUUUACCUUUGUUGAAAAGUUUUACAAGUCAGUAAAACCACAUUUUCAUGUUUAGUACUCCACCAUUAAGUUAAUUUUCUCAUGAAUGCACAUGGAUUCUAUGAAAAGAAUAUGCACUGUUCAUUGUCUUGCUUUACAAGAUGAAAUAUUUUCCAGGCAGGGGUAAUAAUAACAGAUACUGUACAUUUAAAUAUUUGAAUUAAUAUAUUCAUUUACAACAGAAAAGAAUAUAAAUUUCUGUGUCUUUAAGACUGCUCAGCAGGUUGUAUGUUCUUUUUUUUUUCAUCUAAGUACAAAAUAUUGCUUUCCUUUAAGUUAAUUUAUUGUUAAAAUAAGUCUUUUCACUAUUAUUACAGAUGAGCAUUUUCAUCCUUGAGCAUUUCUUAGUUAAGUAAUCUUGCUAUAUAUACUUAUGUUUUAAUAACAGAGUUCAUUGCUAUGCCGUCUGUGAGGUAGUACUUGUAUAGAGUAAAACAGUUAAAUAAGGACUAACAUACUUUUCAAAAUGUUUCAAUAUUUGUUUUUUUGGCAGUUUAACUUUACAUUUUAGAUUUGAUCACUUAAGAGCACUCUAGAUGAAUUGAGAGCUCCAUUAUGCCUAGAAAAUUAAACUGCUAUGUAGAGUUUCACAAAUUACUAAUUGACAAACCAGCAUAUACUGAUUGUCGUGCGAUAUUUAGUUGAUGCUUGACUGCCAGGUGAGCUGAGAACAAUUAUAGGCUAGUAUGUUAUUGCCAGCAUAGUAUAAUGCAGAUCUCGAGAUAAUUGGUCAGUAAAAGCCAUGAUAAUAUGUAUUGCCAAAUGUAAAGGUACUGUGUAGAUCAUGUGAAGUGAUUGUAUAGGACACUAGGGUCAUAUAUUCGUAAACAUUCAGUCUGAAAUUUUAGAUGUUGACUAUAAAUUGCUGUACUUAACUUUCUAUUUUCUCUAGUUUGUUUAAAUGCCUUAUACAGUCCAAAUUUGUUCCCAUGGAAUAAACGAAUACAUCUGUGAGUUAACCGAUGGUCUGGCCCUGUUGAAACGUAGAUAUUUUCAUUAUGUUACAUAGUUGUUCUACCUCGAUUAGCUUAAAAAUAUAUGUGAAAUAUAUACCAGUGGUUGUAAGUUUGACAGAAAAUUGUAAUGAGAUUAGAUAUCCAAGAUGGAUCUAGUUACUGUUUGCGUUUUUUUUUACCCUUUGUGUUUGAACAAAGAUGGACUGUAUAUUAUUAUUAAUGAACCUUUAAAUGAGUAUAUCCAAAUAUUUGGAAAUAUUCAUUUAAAUUUCAAACUUGGGCAAAUAGAAUACUUAGCAUUUUAAUGUUGAAAUCUAAAAUUCAGACUGGGAAUAUGUGCGAGGUAGGGCUCUGUUUGCCUUAUUUAUUACGUGGUGUUAAAUUGGGUCAUAAUAUGACAGUAGAUAAAUAAGGAAGUUACUUUAUUCUGAUCACCAAAGACAUUAAGUGCUAUUACAGCUUCCAAUUCAGUUUUCAUUCCAUUAUAUAUAAUUGCAUAUGUGUUUUAUGUGUUUCCUGUAGUGUGGGAGGGAUGGGUAUACAAUCGUUCAGCUGGAGUUUAGUUUUCUUAUUUCUUAACACUGCUUACUGUUGUUUUCUUUGUAUCUCUUGAGGCUAAAUGAGUUACUGUAUUGAUAAAAAAAAUACCACCUCUAAUGAUAAUUGCAGCCAGUAUUUCAGAAGCAAUCUAUGUUUUGAAUCUGUCUCAUUAAGCAGCACUUGGAAUAUAGUAUUUCCAGGACAGAGAAUUCCUUAAGUCUGAAAAUAGAUUUUCAAGGAUAAAGGUCUAUUUUAAGGGUUGCAGGUAGUGUUAGAUGGAUUAUUGAUGGACAAGUUUUCAUUGUUGAACUCCUAAGUGAUUUGUAUAUUUUAUAUCCAACACUGUUGCAAACUUAUGGUUAAAGUUAUAGCAUCCUUUUAUAUUCUAUCGAAGUAGAAAACUUGUAAUAGUGUAAAUGACUCGUGCAUAAAGAACGGGUGCUUAUUAUGUGUCUCGAUGCUUAAUAUUAUUUGGUUUUUAGUUGGUUCAACAUGAAGCUUGUUUUCAGAAUAAGAAAAUAUGCUAGGAGUUGACUAUUGUUAUGAAUAAUGACGGGAAACUGUUUAACAAAGGAUGUCCUUUAAACUUGGAAAUCUAUCUUUAAGUUGCAUAUGUGUUUGUGUUAUUUAUUUAAUCAGGAUAUAUAUUGAAAUAAUUUAUGCCACACAAUAGAGAAAUAAUUAGUGAAUUGCACUAUAGCAGUAUGUUUUGUGUGUGAACUGGAAAUGAGUUUUUCAUGCAUCAUCAUAUCAUCUUAUCAUUGUAAAUUUUUCAUUCAUAAAAUUAUCAUGUAAGAAAAUUUUAACUCUUGUAUAUUUGAUGAAUUCAUUAUUUUUGAAAAAAAAAAUAAAGAUUAAGUGAUAUUAUUUGUAUAUGGUUGAAACCUACAUUGGACGUUACUCAUUUCUCUUCCUGUAAUAGCUAAGAAUGGCUAGUUACUGCACGCAGAAUUCCUUCUCUGUUUGUUAUUAACUCACCUGAGCCAAAGGCUCAUGGUGAGCUUUUGUGACCGCUCAAUGUCUGUCCGUGUGUCCGUCAACAUUUUCUAAAAAAAUCUUCUUGAAAACCAUUGGGCAGAAGGCAGAAUUACACCAAACUUUAAAGGAAUGAUCCUUUGGUGGCCCCCUUAUUGUUCAAAGAAUUGAAUUCCAUGCAGAACUCUGGUGAAAUUUUUUUUAAAUCUUUUUGUCCAAAACCGCAAGGCGUAGAGCCUUCAUAUUUGGCAUGUGACAUUAUCUAAUGGUCCUCUAUGAAGAUUGUUCAAAUUGUGCCCCUGGGAUGAAAAGAGGCCCCACCCCGGGGGAUUACGAGUUUUACAUAGACUUAAAUAGGAAAAAACUUUAAAAAUUUUCUUGUCUAAAACCACUGGACCUAGGCCUUUGAUAUUUGGUAUGUAGCAUUGCCUUAUGGCCUUCUACCAAAAUUUUUGAAAUUAUAACCCUGGGGUGAAAAGGGGCCCUGCCCCAGGGGGCCUCAAGUUUUACAUAGACUUAAAUAGGAAUUUUUUUUAAAAAUCUUCUUGCCUGAAACUGCAAGGCUUAGGCUUUUGAUAUUUGGUGUGUUGCAUUGCCUUGUGGUCCUUUACCAAAAUUGUUCAAAUUAUGCCCCUGGGAUGAAAAGAGGCCCUGCCCUGGAGGUCCCAAAUUUAACAUAGACUUAUAUAGGGGGGAAAAAUUUCUUGUCUGAAAGUUCAAAGCCUAGGCCUUUGAUUUUUGGUAUGUAGCAUUGCCUAGUGGAUCUUUAACAAGAUUGUUCAAAUUAUGCCCCUGGGGUGAAAAGAGGCCCUGCCCUGGGGUCACUUGUUAUAUGAGUUAUAUAGGAAUAAAUAGUUCAGAAAUUAUCAGAUAAUAUUUCCUAGACUGUUUAAUUAUAAUUACCUGAUGAACCCAAGUGAUUAGGGGUCACUUGACUGUGACCUUGACCUACUGACCUACUUUCUUGUUUUAAGAUACAGCCUUGAAAUUUGGAUUACAUGUACAGUUUUGCAAACUGAUCUUAAUACUGACUUUCAAAGACCAUGAAUAUGACCUACUGACCUACUUUCUAAUAUUUUAGUAUCAGUUUACCAUUUUAAACAUGUGGCUCAUAUUACUCAGGUGAGUUAUUCAGGGUCAUCAUGACCCUCUUGUUUUUCAAGCUGACUUUUAUCAUUAUUAGAAUGCUGGUAGAAUUAUCAGCAAGUGCAGUGUCAUCUUUAGUGGCUGUCACAUUAAAAUUAGCUGUUAUUUUUCCAUAUGCGUUAAGAUGCCAUAAAGAUGAUUACAUCUUCUUCACCAACAGUGUCGUUUUGAUGCUUCAACAAUUUUCAGAUAGUCUAGCUUGCCAGAAUUGCUGCUAAGUACAGGAACUGUUUGUGAAAUAAGUUAAUUUAGAGUGUCCAGAGCUUUGCAUCAGCCAGUGACUGUCUGCUAUCAGUGGUUUACUUUUCAGGCAGAAGGUAUAUAUUUUUCUGUAUCAGUCCACAUGCAAUGUUAAAACAAUACUGUUUGCUCAGAACCUCUAUGCCUCAAAGAAUAAUUCAUGCUUUCCGUCAUGUUCAGUCAUAGUGGAGUACAUUUGACUGUUUAUUUUGUAUGUAUAGGGCAAGAUAAAUGUCUGGAAGUGUUAACACUUGUGUUGUACAAUUGAUAUACUUCGGUCAAAAGUGGGCUGGUCCCACUUUAUUUCAGACACACUUUCAACUUGAAUGUCUUUUUUGUAUCUAGCCAGUUCCAACAUAACAGACAGGAACAUUUCUGAAUUUGUAGUUAAGCCUUGAAGAUCUCUGAGAAUGCAGCAUUUUUGUUUAUCAGCAUUUUGGCAAUUUCCAUGUGGUUGAAGCAUUUAAGAAAAACAGUGUUGGGUGUUGUAGUCAACAUAUUCAUGUUAGUUUGGAGUAAAAGUCACUUCCAUACCUUGUGAGUAUUUGUGACAGAAAUUUUAGUCUUUCUUCGAAAUGAUAUGAAUAUUGAUGCAUGCUGGAUAUGGAGUUUUGUACCGGGCAGUUUUUAUCUUGUUUAUAAAUUGUAAUGUGACAAAAUUGGCUUUAUUUGAAUAAAGUGGAAAAUUUUUAACUAUAUCAGCAUGCAUUGGACAAAAAUAUGAACAGAAGUUUUAUACCAAAUGUGCCACUCUCUUUGCUGGUGGUAAAGAUUUGCUAUUUUAAUACAUGUACGUGAUUUACCAAAGUUUAACACUGAAGCGUAAUGUAGCAUCAGAGUUACUUGUGUAUUCAGAAUGAAUGUUUGCCAUCCUUUCUACAUUUGCAUAAGUUUGAUGAUUCUUUCAGUGCAAAAGAUAUAAGUGUAGUUGAAUGCAGAGAUCGGUGUAUCAUUUUUACUUUACCUGAGUAGUAGGUCCUGUUAAUUUGUCAAAUCAAAUUUUAUACUUUCUCUAUUGUAUAUAGAAGUCGGUCAGCUCUAUUCUAUUUUGUUGUCAAACAUAGGGCUGAUUGACUAUAGGACAUACAACUUUAUCAUGUACAAAUAAUCAUUAACAAAUCUAAAUUAAAAAUAUGAAAUGUGAAA